UUUCUUUUCAGUUACAACUGGCGGUGGAAGAGGGAAGGUGAUUCUCUUUGUCGCUAGUAACUCUUGCUCUGUGAAAGCGUUCCCUUUGUGGUCAAGUUAGUUUAACAGUGUCAGCUCGUGAUGUACCAGUUGAAGGUUGUGUGUGGAUUGGCAGCCUGGAGCAUCGCGCUGCUGCUGCUGCUGCUGCUGCAGCUGACGUCAACCCAGCGCGCUACCUGCCGAUGGAACUGUAUUCCACUGUCACAAUGUACGAAGCUUCAUCACUUAUUAAGAAACCCUACCAAAGAAAAUAUUGCAGCGCUGCAGAGCGUUACUUGCACUUUUGAAAGAGAUCCCAAGGUGUGUUGUCCUCAGUCACUGUUGCCCAGGAAAUGUGGUGACGGCCCAAGUCUUGACAGAAUUAUUGGGGGGACACCGGCACCACUUGGCAGUCAUCCAUGGUUGGCUCUUUUAGGUUAUUUACGGCCUGGAGCUCAAGAGAUAGAGUUCCUGUGUGGCGGGUCAAUUAUUAGUGAACUAUACGUACUUACUGCUGCCCAUUGUUUGCAUGAUUCUGUAUUAGAAGGAACGAAACUUUCGCUUAUCCGGUUAGGAGAGUGGAACACAAAAACUGACCCAGAUUGUGAAAAAACACUCCAGGGGGAUGAAAAAUGUGUACCCCCUGCCCAGAACUUCACUGCUGAAGAAAUCAUAACUCAUCCUGACUAUAACACUCGAGUACAGUUUUCUGAUGAUAUUGGUCUGAUAAGACUAAACAAACCAAUAGACCUUUCUGCAGGAAUUGUUAACGCCAUAUGUCUACCACCUCAAAAUCUUGAUAUCAAGAGGAUAAGUGAGCGACGGGGCUCGUGGGCAGCUGGCUGGGGUGUUACUGAGAACGGUUCUGUCAGUAACAUCCUCUAUCAUGUUGGUUUACCCAUUGUUCAGAUAGAACAGUGUAAAACAUUUGAUAUAUUCAGCGGACAACUUGUUGACGAACAGAUCUGUGCAGGAGGUCGUGCUGGUCAGGACUCUUGUAGAGGAGAUUCGGGUGGCCCUCUGAUUAUGUCCGGUCCUCAAGGUCCACCGUUUCUGCAGAUUGGUUUGGUUUCAUAUGGCCCGUCACCCUGCGGUGCCAGGCCAGUGCCUGGUGUUUAUACCUCUAUUAGUCACUACAGGAACUGGAUUGAAAAUAAUAUGAAACCCUAGGGUACAACACCGUACUGAAAAAAUACUUCAGUUAAAUUAUUACCAAAAAUAUUAAUAUUCUAUAUAGAAAAUUUUGCUACAAGUGAAGCACUCGCCUGUGACUGUACUACUAAUAAUGUGCUUGAAAACUAAUUAUCAGUGAGCAUUAAACAAUAUUUAUUCAGUACUACUUUUUAUUAUUCUUGGAUUUUUUUAUUCUUGGAAUUUAUAAACUGUAUAGACAGGCAAAUAAUCAGGACAUUCUUGAGAUAAUUGCUAAUAUUCCUAAGUUCAAUAAUUUUAAUUAUUUUUGGCAAUGUCUUGUACCUUGUCACUAAAGAAUAAUGCAUAACAAAUACAUUAUAGUAUUUGAACUUUCAGAAAAACUUGGCAUAUACAAUACAUCUUUUGUAGUGAUAAAUGAAAUUCAGAGGAAGACUAUGAAAAAGAAUUUGUAUAUAAUACAGUAACAAGAUUCUGGUGAAAGAAAAUAAAGCAGUUUAUAAUCUAUGAGAAAGAUUAGUUUUAUUUUUCAGCUUCUUGCCUUGCUAUUUCCUACAGUAUUUUCUUAGUAAAUAUGGUACAUUUAUAAAAUUUGAAGUAUAUAAUAAAAUAACACAUUGAGACUUAUAUAUAAACAGUAAUUUAAACAUCAUUGAAUGCUCAGUAUUUCAUAAAAUUUAAUAUAAGCAUUAUCGAGGUCACUUGCUUUAUGCACAAUGUUUACCUCCGAAAACUAAAUUAUGAAAUUGUCUUCAGUGUAAAUUGCAAUUUAUCUGCUGGAAUUACUGAACUGUAAUUGAAAGAUUUAUGUUUGCAAUUCUUCUACUAGGAAAUGCUAGGAAUGCUCUAGUUGAUAAAAUUCAUGCAGCGCGCACAUUCAUCUAUGUUAAAUGAAACCCAAGUGUAAUUUUAACAAAAUAAAUAGAAUAUAAAUUAA